UUAAAAUUUAACCGUGCACCCUUUCUUUUUAUUAUUGUUUUUUUCUCUUUGCAAUUUAAUAUCGCCAACCUCAGUACGGGAUGCUAGAAGAAGCUAGAAAUCGACGAUGACUAGAAACUGUAAGUUUCAUUGCUUAUCUCUUUAUAUAUUUUAUGCUUAUCUUUCAAUUUUCUUUAGCUUUAUUUUUAAAAUGUUUUAUUCCAAAAUAAUCAGCAUUUGUAGCAGUCUAAAAUAAUUAGCAGUCCCUGAUUCAGUUCUGUUUUCUUUUUUUUCUUUCUAUAAUUCAUGAGAGUUGUAUUUUAAUUUUGCUUUUUGUUUUCUGAUUCAGCAUGCAAAUGUGGAACCUCUUUUCAACAGCUUGGCCUUGCAGCAAUACAUUCUUUUAUGCUCACAGGUGUGAUGUGAACCUCUUGUUGGCGACAUUAUGUACUCGUACCAUUCAAACCCGUGAAGGAAGUAUAGUUAAAGCUCUUGAUUGUAAUGCUGCUGUGGCUAGUCAGGAUGCAUUGGCAAAGACAGUUUAUGCUCAAUUGUUUGAUUGGCUUGUUGAUAAGAUUAAUAUAUCCGUGGGGCAAGAUCCAAAUUCCCAUGUGCAAAUUGGAUUUUUGGACAUCUAUGGAUUUGAAUGCUUUAAGCAUAAUAGAUUAUGACCCCCUCUCUCACAAGCAU